GACUGAAUGCAAGCGGAGGGGGGAGUAGAGAGAGAGGGAAGGAGAGAGCGUACAGGCCUUGCCAAAUAAAGCCAUGGGGGCCUGGGCAGUGAUGGCCCUUUCUACUCUAUAAAUACGCUGUUUUUCUGCCGGUUCGGGUUUGGUGCCUGGAGCUCUGGACCAGCCCGGCUCGGAGAUUUUCAUCCGCUCUCAGGCCUGUCACUAUGCCCCGGGUGUAUGCUGACCUCAAACUGGACUUCAAAGAUGUCCUUUUCAGACCAAAGAGGAGCAGUCUGAAGAGCAGGUCUGAGGUUGACCUGCAGAGGACCUUCACAUUCCGGAACUCAAAGCAGACGUACAAUGGCAUCCCGAUCAUCGCUGCUAACAUGGACACCACCGGCACUUUUGAGAUGGCACAGGUGCUCAGCAAGCACACUCUCUUCACAGCCAUCCAGAAGCACUACUCCUUGGAAGAGUGGAAGACUUUUGCAGCCAGUCAUCCAGAGUGCCUUGAGCAUGUGGCGGCCAGCUCGGGCAGUGGAGCGGCGGAUCUGGAGAAACUGUGCAGCAUCCUGGAGGCCAUUCCUCUCAUCCAGUACAUCUGCCUGGACGUGGCCAAUGGCUACUCUGAACACUUUGUGGAGUUUGUAAAAAGAGUUCGGGAAAGGUUUCCAAAGCACACCAUCAUGGCGGGAAAUGUGGUGACGGGGGAGAUGGUGGAGGAACUCAUUCUGUCUGGAGCUGAUAUUAUUAAAGUGGGCAUUGGGCCAGGUUCUGUGUGCACCACACGCAUUAAGACCGGGGUGGGUUAUCCUCAGCUGAGCGCUGUUAUCGAGUGUGCUGACUCGGCCCAUGGACUGAAGGGACACAUCAUCUCUGACGGAGGCUGCAGUUGCCCUGGAGAUGUUGCUAAAGCUUUUGGUGCUGGGGCAGAUUUUGUCAUGUUGGGAGGAAUGUUAGCAGGACAUGAUCAAUGUGCUGGUGAACUCAUUGAGAAAGAUGGCAAAAAGUUCAAGCUGUUUUAUGGGAUGAGUUCAGACACUGCCAUGAAGAAGUAUGUCGGAGGGGUAGCAGAGUACAGGGCAUCAGAGGGCAGGACGGUCCAGGUGCCCUACAAAGGUGACGUGGAAAACACCAUCAGGGACAUCUUGGGCAGCUUGCAUGUUAGUGGAGAAUUUACACACCAGCAGAGAAAAUUCUCUGCCACAUUAAGAUCUAGUCCCUGCGUGUUGUAACUUUGAGUUGAUUUGAGCAGCGAGUGGUGCAAUGUGUACUGUUGUGGACAAUUUCUGCUGGCCUGCUUCCUUUGUGAUUGUACAGAGGGUGUGGUGGGAUGUCAUAUCAGACCAGAGGAAUGUGAAAACUGCUGCACCUCAUUUCUUCAACAUGCCUUGUGCAGUUUAGAUGAGAUAGAAAAUACUUUAUUAAAUGUAUUACGAGUAAAACAUUACAUAUGGAGGAAUAAACAUCUGAACAAGAAAUGUGUUUUUUUAUGCCUUAAAUUGCUUUAUUAUUAUUAUUAUUUUGCAAUAAUGACUGGCUGACUGUAUGGAACUAUAAUAUGCUAAGAAAAAAUGGUCCAUUACAACAAACAAAACAAUCAGCCUAUACACUACGGUAAUAGAAAUACUGAUGUCCUCUCAGGUAAUAGGCUAUUUUACUACAGUUGAUAACUGAAAAGCGAGAUGGCAUCAAUUGAGUUUGUAUGAAACGAGAGAUAAUGGACUUGGUUCCGAAAGUAUUUUUACCAUUAAUUUUUCACAUAAGGAUUUUUUUAAAACUCUUUGUUAAAG